AUGACGUCCCCUUCGAAACUUAAGCAGUCGUAUACGGUGUCAGAAGAAGAGGAUGAGGACGAUAUCAUAAGCACACCCACCAAGUCAAAUGGUGACGGAGCCUCCACCAUCGCCCAGCACGAGGCGUCUACCAGAAGUUCCGAAACCUGGAUCAUCACACUCGGAAUCAAUGAAUCGGCCAAUUUCAAGAUCCAACGACUUUACUCGGACCACUGCGAGGGCCACGCCACCGCCGUCAACAUUGGGCCAAGCAGAUCCGCUAUCCAGCUACCACCCGCCCUGUUACACAACCUGCGAGAGUCCUUCUCCGUGCUGGACUCGAACACGAGCGGAAGCAUCACGCCAGCAUCCAUCCAGGAGACAUUGUCCUCUCUCGGCAUCCAAGAGUCGAAUCUCGCACAAUUCUUCCCUUCAGGCCAGCCUCAGCAAAUUUCGUUACCACAAUAUCUCAACCAGCUUGCGUCGCUUCUGGCAGCGCUAUCACCGCCACAGGAACUGCUCAACGCGUUUUCGGCUUUCGAUGACGACGACUCUGGACAGAUAGAUGUGGCCGAGCUCAAGACAGCACUCAUGACUACGCUCCCGGAUCCAGGCGAGCAGAGGCUUGUGGAGAGGGACAUUGAUCGCGCGCUUGAAGGAUACACGGGUCGGCGGAUCCUAGGACGCAACACCACAGGCAUAUCCGGUGUCCGUGGAAUCAACAGUACGCCAGCGGCGAAGCGGAACGGCGGCGAUGUCUUCAGAUACCAGGAAUUCGUUGCCAACUUGACAGGAGGACCUUCGGUGAUGAGCGAGCCUAUCUCCGCAGGAGGUGGCUUGACAAGGUAA